AUGAGGUGGAAGCGCAGCUCCCUUGGAAAACACGAAUUAGGGCGGAAGAGGAGAAUUAUUGAGGCUGGACGGCUGAGAAGCGUCUAUCUUCGAGAGACCGGCGCGUUGUUAUCAACUCAAACGGCGUCCCUCAAGAUCGGAAGAGCCAGCACCAGUGCCCACAUCGAACAAGUCGAGCACGUACUCCAUAUGAACAUAUUGGCUUUUCUUGGGCUUCUCCUGGCGUCCGUCAACGAAAAUCGUCCCGCGUACGACCUCCAACGAUGCUUAGAACGCGCGAAGAAAGUUGAGACUUGGUUCUGGGUUGAGAUGAAGGGUCAGCGGCGCGAUUGGCCACGAGGGAGGGCCGUGAGAUGGGUGGAUCGUGCCAAAUGGAGAGAACAGCUGCUGAAGCAACAGAUCGGCCUGAAGAUCACGUUACGCCACUACUAA